AUGUCUCCCCACCCCCGCAGCGGGCUGACGCACGAGGCCCACAGGAAGGAGGUGGAGCAGGUGUACCUGCGCUGCUCCGCAGGCACCGUCGAGUGGAUGUACCCGACCGGGGCGCUCAUCGUGAACCUGCGGCCCAACACCUUCUCGCCCUCCCGACCCCUGACCCUGUGCAUCAAGCCCCUCAGGGGCUCCUCGGGGGCCAAUAUUUAUUUGGAGAAAACUGGAGAACUGAGACUGCUGGUGCGGGACGGGGACCGCGGGCCCGGCCAGGAGCCGUGCUUCAGCUUUGAGCAGGGUGGCCUGUUCGUGGAGGCCACGCCCCAGCAGGACAUCAGCCGGAGGACGACGGGCUUCCAGUACGAGCUGACCAGCCGGCGCGCGGGGUCAGAUCUGCACGGCCUGUCGGCCCUGUGCCGCCCCUGCAGCCACACAGAGGUGCUCCUGGCAGUCUGCACCAGUGACUUUGUCGUCCGAGGCUCCAUCCAGGACGUCACCCACGAACCAGAGCGGCAGGAGUCAGCCAUCCACCUGCAUGUGAGCCGGCUCUACCGGCAGAAGAGCAGGGUGUUCCGGCCAGCCCCUGGAGGCGGCGGCUGGCAAGGGCACGUGUCCACGCUGCUGGAGUGCGGCGUCCGGCCCGGGCGGGGUGAGUUCCUCUUCACCGGCCACAUGCACUUCGGGGAGGCCUGGCUCGGCUGCGCCCCGCGCUUCAAGGACUUCCAAAGGAUGUACAGGGACGCCGAGGAGAGGGGGCUGAACCCCUGCGAGGUGGGCACGGAGUGACAUUGCGUGGCUGCUGCUGCCGUGGUGGAUGCUGGCUCCGGUGGGUGCCCUGCACCUGAGCUGUGGAGGGACACGGCCGAGGACUCCCUGACCAAGGGACUGGAAAUGCUGUAAUAUGCCAACUAAGUUAUUAUAUUUUUUUAAAAAAAGAUGUCCACAGGAAGCAA